GGAAAUGUCAUCAGUCAUCCUUAAUGGAGGAAACAGACUUUAGGCAAUCAAUAGUGUUAUUCUUUGAGGGCUGAAAUAGUCGAAUUGUUAUCGUUGUUUUUGCUCUUUGUGUGCGGACAAGACUCCAGAGCUCGUAACAGUAAGUGACUAAAUCGGCUAUUGAGAAUCCACAGGUUCCUCCUCUUCGCCUUUCUCUCCCCCCUUCCUCUCUUUCUUCUGUGUUUCUGGAUGGAUCUGGACUGAAUGACAGCCUUUGUGGGCGAAGGAACUGUUGCAUCACCCCAGUAGCUGUCACACAUCACGGACUUGUUUAUUUCACCGAGUGGAGGAAAUAAUGAAGUUAGGUCUCUCUAGAUAGAUGAGGACUUGCGAGCCAGGGGCUGGUGGAAGACUUAAAUUCAUAGAUGAGAGCGUAAAGAUUUCACAGCAUCGUCUCUACAACCCUUUUAUACCCUUUGUAGUUCAUGCAUUUUAGCUGACAGUUGGGUUUGGAUUUUCAGUCGCGAGGAGGGGAAGUUACCUGCGCGCUCAUCUGCCGAGGAGAGGCGCUGUCCGUGGUUCUGAAGUCAUUUCAACAACAACUCUUAUCCCACUCCUGGCCUACUGCGAAGACAACUUAAGGGUUCCUCCAAAAAGCAGCAGUUAGAGGGACACUGUCCACCAGCUGCUGCUGCAGAAACAGCUUAAUAUGGUAACUCAGGCCAGGGGUCACCUGCACACUUUGAUACUUUUGACUUUUGUCGUCCACCUGAGCCAGCCAGUAUGUGUCGAUGUCCCAUCGGCGACAGAAGCAGUCCUUGGGAAAUCCAUGAUGUUGACCUGCAUUUCCUGUUUGAAGAGGGAGGAGGUCAAAGCAAAGACACUUGUCAAUUGGUACUACAGGCCAAAAAGCGAUGAUACACAGAAAACUCAGAUAUACAAGUAUGAGAAUAUGACUCCAAUAGAACUCGAUGGACCAUUUAAGGGCCGUGUGACCUGGAAUGGGAGCCAGGACUUACAAGAUGUCUCCAUUGAAAUCCUUAACGUCACCUAUAACGACAGUGGUAUCUAUGAGUGCCACGUGCGUCGCGAGUUUGAGUUUAGCUUCUUCACUCCCUCUGUGUCCAUCAUGAAGAACAUCACGCUGACCGUGAAAGAGAAAGCCAGUGAUGACACCACAGCGCUCUACUCUGAAAUCAUGAUGUAUGUGCUGCUGGUGUUCUUGACCUUCUGGCUGCUUGUAGAAAUGGUCUACUGCUACAGGAAGAUCUCCAAGUCUGAUGAGCAGGCGCAGGACACAGCGUAUUGACCAAUCACAAUGGGACUUCAGUGUCCUGUGACAGAAACAGGCAUAGAUUCCACAACCUUAUCUGUGCCGCUAUGGAGGUAUCGUUUCUCCCAAACAGCCAUGGGAAUCCUGCCAACUGACUUCCCCUGUGUGUCGACUGUGUCUUGUGAAGAGCCAGUCAAAAAUGUCCAAGUGCUCAAUUAUUCUCCUCCUCUUCAUCUCAUCUUUUUUUUUUAUACCUUUGUGCCAGGCAUCUUGAAAUCAAGUGCUUUCACAAAUACAGCAGGUUAAAGAACAAAAAUGUCAGUGUCUUGCACUUAUUAUCAAAUAAAUACCAGCCAUGCUUCAAUUGAAUCUGCCAGUGUGUAGAGUUAAUAAACAUUUUCUUUGUGGUUUGUGGAGCCUAUGUGAUUUAUAACCUGUAUAAACAGAUAUGAUCCAGUGAAAGAACCUGCCCUACUGCUGUCAAGGCUGUUAUACUGACUCUGUAGUACUUGUUGAAUUUGUUUUGUUUUAUUACUAUUUUGUAGACCACGCUGAGACUUUGGGUCACAGUUUUAUUUGUACUGGCGAAUAUCUUUUUGAUGUCUUUUUAAGGAAAAUGGAUUGCAUAGCUUUUAUACUGUGUGGAUGUGCAUUUCUCCCUGUUUUUUGCUAUAUGCAUCAGUGUAAAGAAAAUAUUUAAAACACAGAAAACAUAUUGUCAUACUAUUUCAGCUUAUCGGAAUUCAUCUAGAGGUCUCUCCUAUACUCUCCUCUGUGUAAAUCUUUAAUCCAUGUUCAGCACCAACAUCAAAGUACAUUCAGUAGGUUAAGUCUCACUGCAUACAGUUACUCUAAAAUGUAUUCUUGGGCUUUGACUGUUGCUGAUGUUUCACCGUAGCAGUGCUAUUGAGACUAAAUGUGUGCCUAUUUCUAUAGUACAACACUGUAGAAAUUUAUAUAUUUUGUGAUUCAGUCAUACCACGCUGUUUUUUGUCUAUUACAGAUAUGACAUCUCCUGUGUGAGUGAGCUGCUUUUGAACUAUUAAAUACAAUGCAUUCCACA